UGUGCGCUUGCGCGAAGUGGUAUUCGCCGUGAAGUUGCUCGAUCAGCUGGUAAUAAAAAUGCACAAACUUAAAUCGGCUCAAAAGGACAAAGUCCGGCAUUUUAUGGCAUUUACCCAGGCUGAUGAAAAGACUGCUACCUACUGUUUGACGCAGAAUGAUUGGAAGCUAGAAAUGGCAACAGACAAUUAUUUCCAGAAUCCAGAUCUGUAUCACAAAGAAUCCAUGAAAAAUUCAGUUGACAAAAAGAAGUUAGAACAGCUCUACAACCGGUACAGAGACCCACAAGAUGAGAGUAAAAUUGGCAUAGAUGGGAUUCAACAGUUCUGUGACGACUUGAACCUUGACCCUGCUAGUGUCAGUGUGUUAGUAAUAGCAUGGAAGUUCAGGGCAGCCACUCAGUGUGAAUUUAAUAAAAAAGAGUUCAUAGAUGGCAUGACAGACCUUGGGUAAGACUGCCCCUCAUCAUUAACCCUUAAGGCGCUGGUACCUGCAAAAGAACAAGAACUUCCAGAUUUGAUAAAAUUCAAACAACUCUAUGAAUUCACAUUCGUAUACCAUGAGAAUCCCGGACGAAAAAAUAUUGAUUUAGAAAUGGCAGUUGCAUACUGGAAUUUAGUCUUGUCAGGAAGGUUUAAAUUUUUAGAUCUCUGGAAUAAAUUUUUAUUGGAGCAUCACAAACGAUCAAUACCAAAAGACACAUGGAAUCUUCUUUUGGAUUUUGGAGUCAUGAUCGCGGAUGAUAUGUCAAACUACGAUGAAGAAGGUGCAUGGCCCGUUCUCAUAGAUGAUUUUGUGGAGUAUGCACGACCGCUAAUCACAGGAAGAAAGCACAAACUGUAUAAUCAUUAAGAAAUGGUUAUGGACAUAAAUAUUGCACUUUGUGCUACAGUAGACAGUGGAACAUUUUGAGCAAUAACUGUGCAAUGUGUUACUGGUUAAAACAGUAAUGGUGAGUUGCCACCAAAGGACCGAAGUUGCUCCCAUUUUCUGCUUGAAGGAAGAUGAUAGCUAUCAAAAAGAUGCUGUGGAAAGAAAAUCAGAAGAUAGCUCUCACUUACAGGAUACCUGCUUUGGAAGCUUCAGGGAGGAAAUCAGAAUAUAUUGCUGUUCAUAGGAUACUGGCUUCAAAUAUUGUUUUGGUUGUAUCUUAUAGAAAUGUUGCAUGUUUUUAUAUUUUGAAGAUGCUUCCCUUGAUGCCAUUUUAUUACACUGAAGUUUAUGAACACAGUAUGCCAUCCAGUUCAUGAUUCAAGGUGAACACCAGCAGUUACUUAUUUACAGUUGUAUUAUACUGUACUUAUCAUGCGAAAAAACUUAUUUGUGGUAUAAAUUAAAUUCCAAAUGAAAGUUG